AUGAAACAAGCACUGGAACAAGUGGAAGAUUUUGAAAACUUGAAAGGUAGUAACGCACAGAUUAAGGAUUUUGAAGAUUUGAGAAGCGAUUCAUCUCAAAUUAGAAUGUUUGACACGUGGGAGGACUAUGGCCUGAAGGAAGACUUGCUGAAAGGAAUUUAUGGUAUAGGGUUUGAGACACCAUCUUUUAUUCAGAAGGCAGCUAUCCAGCCAAUAAUAGACGGAAGAGACAUAAGGGCACAAGCACAAAGUGGUACUGGAAAGACAGGGGCAUUCGCUGUUGCAGCACUUCAGAUGUGUGAUACGAAUCAGGAUACUACACAAAUUCUUGUUCUUGCAUCUACUAGGGAGAUUGCCGCACAAAAUGCAGCAAGGUUUGAGGAUCUUGGAUGUUUUAUGGGUGCAGGAGUGGCCCUACUUUCUGGAGGAAGCCCAAUUUCUGCAGACAAAGCGGCAUUGGAAAAGAAUCCACAUAUUGUUGUUGGAACACCAGGAAGGGUAGAGCACAUGAUCAAUAUAAAUGAGCUAAACAUGGAUAACAUUAAGUUAUUCGUGAUUGAUGAGGCCGAUGAGAUGUUAAAGGCAGGGUUCCAGGAACAAGUAAAGUCUAUAUUCCGAAGAAUUACAAACAAGGACGAGGUCCAAAUAGCAAUGUUCUCUGCAACAUACGAUGAAGAGGAACUCCGCGUCAGUGAGGAAAUACUUAUCAACCCCGUGAUAAUUGAUUUGAGAUAUAACGACCAAACAUUGAAAGGAAUAAGACAAUACUUUAUCGACUUAAAGAAAGAGCCCCCAUUCAGAAAGGGAAGAGAGGACUAUCUACUUCCUAAGCUUGUGACUCUAUAUGACAUAUUCCGUAAACAGCGUCUAGGACAAUCGAUUGUGUUUAUCAAUAGCAAGGAGGAUGCCAGAAUAGUGUAUGAUUGGCUGAUUAAACAUGAGUGGGAAUGCGAGCUUAUAUCCGCAGAGCUAACACAGGCCGAGAGAGAAAGAACGCUGAACCGAUUCCGAGGAGGAACUGCAAGAUGCCUGAUUUCCUCCGGGUUGCUUUCAAGAGGAAUUGAUAUUCAGAAUCUCUCUGUAGUGUUCUGCUUAGAUGUGCCAUCAUUCGAGAGAAAGAGCACCUACAUCCACAGGAUAGGAAGGUCUGGAAGAUAUGGAAGAAAGGGAAUAGCUAUAAACAUUGUUUAUGAAUACGAGCUGAAAAACCUCAAGGCAAUCGAGAGGUUCUAUAACACUACCAUCAAGGAGCUUCCUGCAGAUUUUAGUUUUCAAUAA